AUGGCGUCAAACCCUCCAGGUCGUUGCUGUAACGUUGGCUCUCGCCAUGAAGGUGAACCAACUGGUCAAUUGAUAAACAUCGAAGCAAAUAUUCAAGCAUAUCUAGCAACCCCGGCUGAGGUAAAAUCCCACAAGGAGGUGGCUGUGUUAUAUUUGCCUGAUGUCAUUGGGAUCUGGCAGAACAGCAAGCUUAUCGCGGAUUCCUUUGCUGCGAAUGGAUAUGCUUGUCUGCUCCUGGACACAUUCGACGGCGAUGCAGUGCCAUUGGACAAAGCUCAUUCCGGAACUUUCGACUUCCCUAGUUGGUUUCAGAAAGGAUCUGAUGGUCAACAUCCUCACGUCCCUGCAACAGUGGAUCCCAUAGUUCUAGCCGGCAUCAAAGCUCUGAAAGAAAUGGGGUUCAAGAAACUUGGCGCUGUCGGCUACUGUUUUGGUGCUAAGUACGUCAUUCGCAAUCUGAAGGAAGGUGCAAUUGACUGUGGUUACAUCGCUCAUCCAUCCUCUGUAGAGGAGGAUGAGCUUGCUGCUAUCUCCGGACCGCUUUCUAUUGCAGCUGCGGAGAUCGACCCUGUCUUUCCUAUGGAAAAACGUCAUAAGUCGGAGGAGAUCUUGAUCAAGACAAAGCAGCCUUAUCAGAUCAACUUGUUUUCCAGCGUUACGCACGGUUUUGCUGUUCGAUGCGACCUGAGCGUCCAGACCCAGCGAUUCGCCAAAGAGCAGGCUUUUUUGCAAGCUGUAUCUUGGUUUGACGAGUACCUGAAAAUUUGA